AUGAUUAUUGAUAACCCCAAUGGGCCAUUUGGAUUAAUAAUCAACACGAUAACCCUCGAGUCAUUGCUCGCGGAAUAUAGUCUCAUUAUGGAGUUUCUUGUGUUUCAAGCAAGACAACUUUUUGAACCAUUAAGUAUAAACAGCUUGUUUGUCUCUGGUUCUCAGUGCAAGAAUGAUUUGUUUUUACAACUUCUUGCAAGUGUGUGCAACGUGACCGUUACAAAGAUUGACGCAAAUUGUUGUCCGGGAGCUGCAAAAAUGGGUCGCGUAGCUCAUCUAUGUCAACAAGGUUGGACUUAUGACGACGCUUUUGAUGAGGUGACAAGAAGUGGCACUGCGACAAAAAUGGUGCAUCCUGGUGACUAUAACUCGCUAUCAUCCCUCAAGGAUGAGUUAGCGUUGUUGCUUGUUAAGUAUGAAAUAUACCUCGACAUGGAAGAUGAACAGAGACAAUAUAGGAAUAUGAUGAAUUAA